AUGGCGUCGAGUUUAGAGGACCUGGGAUACCUUGCCCCAGGCUUCAAUCUUUCAUCAUUAACCAUGCCUCGUUUACGGGAGAUCCUCGUCAGCCAUGAUGUUCCCUAUCCUUCCUCGGCUAAGAAGGCUCAACUGAUUGCGAUUUUUGAGGAAAAAGUUCUACCCAAAGCACAAGAACUUCUCCGUGAUAGAGAACGUGUUCGCCGCACAAGUGCCGGAAUUACCGAUAUGAGCAGUCAAUCUAAUUCUGAAGCAAAUGGGGACGAAGAUGAAAUCAAUAAUAGAGAUUCGAUGCUGCCACCGCCGACGCCGUCUACUGUUGGAAGCCGGCGUGCACGCUCGCGACCGAGCACACGAGCAUCGACCGCUGAAAUUGACGAUAGUGCUUUACUACAAGCUACACCAAGGCGCCGAGGCCGUCCUGGCAAAAGCACGCGAGCUUCGGAUGUGGAAACCAUGGAUGAUAAUCUUGCGACUCCCGUUAUACCCGAGGCCACACCUAAAGCCCGAUCUACCGCUCGUAAGACUCGCAAGAGUGAAGCAGCCCCGUCAUAUGAUGAAGUUGUCGAACGCACGCCAAGUGUCAAGACUGAUAGCCGAGCGGGUAGCGUUUUCACCGACGAAAAUCCCUUUCAGAGUGGCAGCUCACCUACUUCUCAUGAGCCGACCCCAAGGGCUCGCACAGUUAGCGGGGAACGUAAACGAAGGAGCACGCCUCGUGUCUCAGGCGACGGUACUCUGGUAGCAGAACAUCGGGGUAAACGAGAUUCAAGUCGUCCUAUUAAGAUUAAGCAAGAGGAGGAUAUUAUAACACCAAGAAAGUCGACUUUUGAGUUCCCAAUCUCCCGCCUCCGAACAGCCACGCCACAUUUGGAGGAUGAGUCUGAGUCUGAAGCUGAAGCUGGAGAGGAGUUCACUCCGGAUGAGCAGUUGGCUCUCGAGACAGCUAACGCGGAAUCACAAGCCCUAGCCAGCAGAGGGCAUGGCAAAAGUUCCUGGAGAUUGCCAAUGCUUGUAAUUCUCUUGCUUCUAUCUGGAUUCGGAAUCUAUUGGCGUCAAGCGAAAUUUGAGAUUGGCUUUUGUGGAAUAGGGAAACCUAGGUGGUCUCUUGCAGAUACCAAUGUGCCUGAAUGGGCACAUGUGCUGGAACCCCAAUGUGAACCUUGCCCGCAACAUGCCUUCUGUUUAGAACGUCUUAGGAUUGAGUGUGAAAAGGACUUCGUGGAGCAAUACCAUCCACUCUCGUUGAAUGGCUUCUUACCGCUCCCACCCCAGUGUGUGGUCGAUAACGAAAAGUCCGAUCGCAUCAUGGCCGUUGCUAACAGGGCCGUUCAAGAACUCCGCCAGCGGCGAGCCAAGUACGAGUGUGGAGAUGGCGCCGAUGCCAAAACUCCCUUCAUUACCGAGCCAGAACUGAAGAAAGCCGUCUCACAUCAACGUGGUCCACGUGUCAGAAUGAGUGACUCAGAAUUUGAUGAUCUGUGGGCAUCAGCUCUUGGAGAAUUGGUUACUAGAGAAGAAAUUACCACAAGCGGAGGAACUUCAUCCCGUGCCUUCGCAAGUGACUCACUCGCCAAUCUCCCUAUCAUCUGCGCAUUCCGCCGCCACCUCCGACUCUCUCUCAUCGCGUAUCGAUUCCCUAUUCUCAUUCUAGUUCUGUCUAUGGCCGGUCUAGCUUACAUUAGAGCCGAGUUUCUCGCUCGACGAGCAGACAUUGCUCGAGUGCCCGAGCUUGUUGGGACAACGCUCGACCGUCUUUCGACCCAAGCUGCUUUACACAGGCGUGGAGGGGCACCGGAGCCCUGGAUUGCGAUUGGCCAGCUACGGGACGAUGUCUUACGCUCUGAGUUGCGAGGUAAUCGUCGAGAAAAGCUCUGGAAGCGUGUUAAAGCAGUUGUUGAAGGCAAUGCCAACGUGCGAGCAUCGGUCCGCGAAAGCCAUAGCGGAGAUGUCGCCCGAGCGUGGGAGUGGACUGGCAGUACAGGCAACCAUCUGGAUAGUGUCCGCCGGGAGAGUGGAAGGGUGAAAUUUUCCCUAUCUCCCGGAUACGAGACCUCGCCAACGAUUGACGAAGAUAUGAGCAUUGCGCGGAGCCCUAGGGAGUCGCGUAAGUGGGACGAAGGACGCCCGAUAUAUUAA